AUGGCCGCCCGCCCCCAGAACAUCGGCAUCAAGGCCAUUGAACUCUAUACUCCUAGCCAGUAUAUUGAGCAGACUGAGCUCGAGAAGCACGACAAUGUCGGUACCGGCAAGUACACAAUUGGUCUCGGCCAAACCAAGAUGACCUUCUGUGAUGACAGAGAGGAUAUCUACUCGUUUGCCUUGACCGCUGUGUCCCAGCUGAUCAAGAAAUACAACAUCGAUGUCAACAACAUUGGUCGUCUCGAGGUCGGUACCGAGACCAUUCUCGACAAGUCCAAGUCGGUCAAGUCCGUCUUGAUGCAGCUCUUUGGCGAGAACACAAACAUUGAGGGUGUCGAUACUAUCAACGCCUGCUACGGUGGUACAAAUGCCAUGUUCAACACCAUCAACUGGGUCGAGUCGUCGGGCUGGGACGGCAGAGAUGCCAUUGUUGUGGCUGGCGACAUUGCCCUCUACGCCAAGGGCAACGCCAGACCCACUGGUGGUGCUGGCUGCGUUGCCAUGCUCAUCGGACCCAACGCCCCGCUCGUCGUCGAGCCCGGUCUGCGUGGAACUUAUAUGGAGCACGUCUACGACUUCUACAAGCCCGACCUGACCAGCGAGUACCCCUACGUCGACGGUCACUACUCGCUCACCUGCUACACCAGGGCUCUCGAUGCCGCCUACCGGGCCUACAACAACCGUGAGGCCGUCCUGGCCAAGGCUGCCAACGGUCACGCCAACGGCAACGGUGCCGCCACCGAGUCCAGCAAGACCCCUCUUGACCGUUUCGACUACAUGGCUUUCCACUCCCCUACCUGCAAGGUCGUCCAGAAGUCGUACGCUCGUCUUUUGUACCACGACUACCUCGCUGACCCCGAGAACGCUGUUUUCGCCGAGGUCCCCGCCGAGGUUCGCGACAUGCCCUACGACAAGUCUUUGACCGACAAGGUCGUCGAGAAGGCCUUCAUGACCUUGACCAAGAAGCGCUUCGCCGAGCGUGUGCAGCCUGCCAUCCAGGUCUCCACCAACGUCGGCAACAUGUACUGUGCCAGUGUCUGGGGUGGUCUUUCUUCCCUGGUUUCCCACGUCGACAGCGCAAACCUUCAGGGCAAGCGCAUCGGUCUCUUCAGCUACGGCUCCGGUUUGGCAGCAUCCUUCUUGUCGCUGCGCGUCAACGGCAGCACCGAGGAGAUUGCCAAGGCUCUGGACAUCCCUAACAAGCUGGCUGCCCGCCGUGCCCUCAGCCCCGAGACCUACGAGGCUUUCUGCGAACUCCGCCACAAGGCUCACCUCCAGAAGGACUUUGUCCCCAAGGGUGACGUUUCGACCAUUCUUCCUGGCACCUACUACCUCGAGAAGGUCGACGACAUGUUCAAGCGAUUCUACGCCAUCAAGCAAUAG